CUUACGACCUUCACGAUUACCACCAUGCUCGUCCCCUUCCCGUCCUCGAGCCCUGUGCUGUCUUCUUAUAUACCCAGUAUACCAGACGAGGACGAGGAAGAGAAUACGGUUGCCGAUAUUUCUCGCUUUCCAACCGAUGAUUCACAGCACAAGGAAAACAUUCCCCCUCGUCGCCACCGUCGCCUCUCUCGCACGACUUCACUGGUGAGCUCAAGAAGGCCACCGCCGCCAUUGAUGCGCAAAGCUUCGUUUCAUCAUCCAGAUAAAUAUCAACGCCUCCAAAAAGCUGCAGUAGCAGAACCCCAGCUCGACUUUAAAACUCUACUCGUUAGCAGCAUACGUCUCAAAGACCAGCCAUUUUCCGACUCCAGUUUCCCUCGACUAUGCUCCAAGAAGCUCCCACCGCCGCCUAUCGCAACCUCCCUAUCUACCCUUCAAACCCCCCCACUCACCACUACAACAUCCCAAUCUUCCUUAAUGUCACCCAUGACACCUCGCACGCCCCCUUCUUCUCCCAAACCUAAACCCUGGCGUGGUAACUCAGCCCUACCGAAAAGGCCACCCCUCCCACAGUGGGACCUGGUCUAUCCAGAUCUAGCGGUCAAGAAGACGGUGCUAGAUGCGGAGAUCCCGGAAAUACUGGAGGCAGACUGA